ACUGGCGAUCCAACUGGAAAAGGUACAGGAGGACAGUCAAUAUGGGGAACAGACUUUGAGGACGAGUUUCACCCACGACUACGACAUGACAAACCUUUUAAGGUGUCCAUGGCAAACGCCGGUCCAAAUUCAAAUGGGUCUCAAUUUUUCAUCACAGUAUGUCCAGCGGAAUGGUUAGAUGGAAAGAACACCAUUUUUGGAGAGGUGAUUGAAGGAAUGAACGUGGUGCAAAAAAUCAAUCAAGUUCCAACAUUUGAAAAAAGUGGUCGACCACGAUCAGAGAUUUCUAUAAUGUCAAUUACUUUGAAGUAG